AAAAUAGUAUGCCAAGGUUUUUCUUUUUCUUUUUUUUUUCUUUUUUUUUUUAUUCAAAGACCAAUGCCAAAUACUGACUUACUUGGGAAAGCAGUUGAAAUUGUUAAAAAAGCAACAGAAGAAGACCAUAAAGGCAAUUAUAAAGAAGCAUAUGCUCAAUAUUUAAAUGCAUUCGAUUAUUUUAUGACAGCACUCAAGUACGAAAAAAAUGAUCGCUUGAAAGAACCUAUCCGUAAACGAUUUAUCGAAUAUUUAGACAGAGCAGCAAUACUUAAAGAAUUCCUUAAACAACAAGAAAAGAAGCGAAAAGAACCCACAGGUGCUGAUAGUGUAUCCAAAAAAAAGAAAAGCAAUAAUGAGGAUAUCGAUUCAGAAACAAAAAGAAUAAGAGAAAGUUUGACCAGUGCGAUUUUAACGGAAAAGCCAAAUGUAAAAUGGGAUGAUGUAGCAGGCCUAGAAGGAGCCAAAGAAGCAUUAAAAGAAGCAGUCAUCUUACCUAUCAAGUUUCCUCAUUUGUUUACAGGCCAAAGGAAACCAUGGCGAGGCAUUUUACUCUAUGGCCCCUCUGGCACAGGCAAAUCUUUUCUUGCAAAAGCAGUAGCUACUGAAGCAAAUUCUACAUUUUUUUCUGUUUCUUCUUCUGAUCUGGUAUCUAAAUGGCUUGGUGAAAGUGAGCGCCUUGUAAAGCAACUGUUCCAAAUGGCCAGAGAAAAUAAACCAAGUAUAGUGUUUAUUGAUGAAAUCGAUUCAUUGUGCAGCACACGCGGUGAAGGAGAAUCAGAGGCAGCAAGGCGUAUUAAGACAGAGUUUUUGGUUCAAAUGAAUGGUGUUGGUAAUGAUAUGGAUGGUGUGCUAGUGUUGGGUGCUACGAAUAUUCCCUGGCAAUUAGAUUCUGCUAUCAGAAGAAGAUUUGAAAAACGUAUAUAUAUUCCUCUGCCUGAAGCACAUGCGCGUGCGACUAUAUUCAAGUUGAAUGUAGGCACAACACCGUGUACAUUAACAGAAGCAAAUUAUAGAAAACUAGCUGAUAUGACAGAAGGAUACUCUGGAUCUGAUAUUGCUGUUCUGGUGAGAGAUGCUUUGAUGCAACCUGUCCGCAAAAUUCAAACAGCAACCCAUUUUCGAUGGAUAGAAGCACCAUCAAGGACGAAUCCAAAAGAAAAGAAACGCUAUUUGACACCCUGUUCACCAGGUGCUUCUGGUGCUCUAGAAAUGACUUGGGUUGAUAUCAAACCAGAUGAAUUGUUUGAGCCAGAAUUAACGUUGAAAGACUUUUUAAAAGCAGUGCAAAACUCGAAACCUACUGUAAACAAAGAUGAUAUUCAACAACAAGUCAAUUUCACUCGAGAUUUUGGUCAAGAAGGGUAAGCUUUCAGAUGAAUGCAUAUAUAACUGUUCAACUAUCUCGAAUAAAAAUGUGUGUGUUUUCUAAGGUACGAGUGAAAAUCAUG